CUGUAUGGAUACAGUGUGUGUACAGUAUUUAACAUAUCAUACAUUCUGAGAGCCAAUGAAAUCUGGAGGGAGUAACUUCAUGGCAUGGCAUAUAAUCACUUUCAUAACUGAGCGGCAUCACAGUGCUUCUCUGGAAUGUUACGCAGUGGAAAGUCGCCCCGUUGUUUUUUACAAUGAUCUGCCAGGAACAGACUGUUUACUAUGGAAGCUGGGCUUUUGUAAUCGGAGGACUCCUUUACCUCUUUCGGCAAAUGACAACACACACUCCAUAUGGGCGCUAUGUGGACACAAAGAAUACAGGGAUGAUGGUUUCAGCCAAGGCAGGCUGGUUUAUACAGGAACUUCCAUCAUUCUUAGUUCCUGUGCUUUUGGUUUGUUCAACAGAAAGUUUGUCUGGUAUGGGACAAAUUCUUCUUCUCUGUACCUUUUGCCUGCACUACUUUCAAAGGACCUUCGUGUAUUCGUUGCUGACUAAAGGCAGACCGUCUCCUCUCUCCAUCGUGGUAUCUGCUGUUAUCUUCUGUUCACUGAAUGGCUUUUUGCAGGGUCAUUAUUUGCUUCACUGUGCUCAAUACAAAACGAACUGGCACCGAGACACACGAUUUCUCAUCGGUGUCUUGAUGUUUAUCUCAGGAAUGGCAAUCAACAUCCACAGUGACUACAUCUUACGAAAUCUGAGGAAACCAGGAGAGGUUCGCUAUAAAAUCCCCAGAGGCGGAAUGUUCGAGUUGAUAUCUGGGGCAAAUUUUUUCGGAGAGAUCGUUGAAUGGUGUGGAUUCGCUGUGGCCACCUGGUCCUUUCCUGCUUUCACCUUCGCCUUCUUCACCAUCUGCUCUAUUGGGCCACGAGCGUACCACCAUCACAGGUAUUACUUGCAGAAAUUUAAAGACUACCCCAAAUCAAGAAAAGCUGUGAUUCCCUUUAUGCUGUAACAGCCAAACAGAAAUCCAUGCCUUUACUGGUGACUUUUAAAGAAAUCAAUAGCACAAAGCCUUAGCCCAUUAAAACAUGUUAACUACUGUCCUAAUGCAAUCUUACACAAGAGCACAUAUAUCUUUUUUUUUUGAAGUACAUCAAUAAAAAUCCUUGUUUACAUCUGUACAUA